UGCCAUGUAUACCCCGGGCUGCAUCUCGCGCUGGGUCGAAAUCCCCACACUAACACAGGCGCACUAACGCUCCAGUCCCCCCACCUUGCCAAGUUAGCCCUUCAGUAGUUCACAGAUGGUUGGAGGACGGAGCAAGAAACGCUUCCUCCACUGUAGUGCUCACAUUCGAACGUCGACUCUGACUUGCUCCAAGAACCCGGCAGGGUUUCUGUGAAUGAAUCAGCCUUACAAUGCCGCUGCAUGGUUAAUGUUCCUGCUUGUACUUCAAGUACAAAUGUAAUUGGUCGUCGUGUUCAGUUGGGAGAUUUGCUUCACCGUCCAUGCAGAAGGCAGUCAUGAGGUCGUCAAUGUUCCUAGCUGUAGUCGUGGUACAUGUACAUCACGUCGCGGCGUUUCCCAUAUUCGUUCCGCUCAUACCCAACCUUGGAACGGUCAGUGAAGGUGUGGGAUCCUCGUUGGUCCCUGCACCUUUCGGGGAGAUAAAUCAGACGUGUCAAUCUAUAGGCCACGUUGCCCAAUGCGGAGGGCCACCAUCAGGCGGAGGGAACACUUUCGGUGGGUACUUUUUGUUUCAGGGCAUCAAUUGGACACAGAUUUGCUUAUUCGACAGCGAUGGGGACGGGCUCACUAAUGGUCAGGAGUUGGGCGACCCUUUCUGCACCUGGACUCCUGGUUCGACACCUCAACACACCACCGGCCUCAGCCAUCCCGGCUUUUCGUGCUCGACCGGGGAUGACCCAUUCUGCAUCAAUAACCUAACGUUAGAACCGGAGUCAGACCCAGGCACCACGGACCCAGUCACCACGGACCCAGUCACCACGAACCCAGUCACCACGGACUCAGUCACCACGGACCCAGCCACCACGGACCCAGUCACCACGAACCCAGUCGCCACGAACCCAGUCAACACGGAUCCAGCCACCACGGACCCAGUCACCACGAACCCAGUCACCACGGACCCAGCCACCACGAACCCAGUCACCACGGACCCAGUCACCACGGACUCAGUCACCACGGACUCAGUCACCACGGACCCAGUCACCACGGACCCAGUCACCACGAACCCAGUCACCACGGACCCAGCCACCACGGACCCAGUCACCACGAACCCAGUCGCCACGAACCCAGUCAACACGGACCCAGCCACCACGGACCCAGUCACCACGAACCCAGUCACCACGGACCCAGCCACCACGAACCCAGUCACCACGGACCCAGUCACCACGGACUCAGUCACCACGGACCCAGUCACCACGGACCCAGUCACCACGAACCCAGUCACCACGGACCCAGUCACCACGGAUCCAGUCACCACGAACCCAGUCACCACGGACCCAGUCACCACGAACCCAGUCACCACGAACCCAGUCACCACGGAUCCAGUCACCACGGACCCAGUCACCACGAACCCAGUCACCACGGACCCAGUCACCACGGACCCAGUCACCACGAACCCAGUCACCACGGACCCAGUCACCACGGACCCAGUCACCACGGACCCAGUCACCACGGACCCAGUCACCACGAACCCAGUCACCACGGACCCAGUCACCACGAACCCAGUCAUCACGGACCCAGUCACCGCGGCAUUCACCAUCAUGACGAACAGAUGGUCUACAACAGCAUGUCUAUGUUCUCAGCGAGCGCAGGCUGGUGAUGGCAGUACGACCUGUGAUUGUGAGAAUAACUGUACCACAUCGUCACUACUGGUCGGACGAUAUUCUGUCUGUUUUCCCUUCCAGAACAUUAAUUUGUAAGGAUAGUGAUUCUUCUCCCAAGCGGAGAUGACUUAGUUAAGAUGAUGAUACAUGUAUACCGGUAUAUACGUUGUGAUAUGUACAUGAAUGUGAGCCUAAAUUCUUCCGCCGCCAACUAAUUCAAGUUGUCACCUACACAAGCCUCCGCCACCAUCGCUACUACUGUCACACAGCUGCAUGCACAAUCACGUGUGGGUUGUUGCUGUUGUUGUUGUUGUUGUUGUUGUUGUUGUUGUUGUUGUUGUUGUUGUUGUUGUUGUUGUUGUUGUUGUUUUGUUGCUGUUGUUGUUGUUGCGAUUGUUGCUGUUGUUGUCGUUGUAUUCUUUUACUUUGAUUCAUAAUGGGUACAGGCAAUGCUGCCUUCUUCUCAUCGGACAUACUUUACAUGUGCAUCGCCAGCCCAGCUGAUUUGUCAACACGGACAGUCAUGCAGCGUGUCUUUAUUCUCAUAUCCUUCUUCUCCCUCCUUUGUCAUUCUCACUCGAUACAUUAGCCUCUUCCAGUGUUCUCCCUUUGUCAUUGCUACCAUCUUUAGCUUUCUUACUAAUACUAUCAUACUCUAGCGCAUUCACUACAGCAUCGUGGUCGAUUUCUCUCAUUCUUCUGUUACAUUUCUGUUCACAAUGCCAUUAUAAUUCCAGCUGCAGAUUUGUAAUGACUGCUGUAAUGCGGCAUAGUUUUAUGAAAGGACUUCCAUACGUUUGCAUUGCUAGUAUAAUAUUCACUAAGUUGUAGACCAAGUGGAAAUACCAAC